CAUUUAAGGGUGAUCAAGAAUAACCACUGGACAAAGUGCGCGGACAGAGACGAGAGAAGCGUAGCUGAGGGAUUGAAAGGACCGGGGCAUGUGGAUAUUGGCUUUUAUCUUUUCCCAGAGCAUCUUGAAUGUUUUCAGCGAAGAUCUACAUUCCAGCGUAUAUUUUGUCAAUGCAUCUCUGCAAGAGAUAGUGUUUGCCAGCACCACAGGGACGCUGGUUCCCUGUCCGGCCGCGGCGGUGCCCCCUGCCACGCUGCGCUGGUACCUCGCCACCGGGGAGGAGAUCUACAACGUCCCGGGCAUCCGCCACGUGCACCAGAAUGGCACCCUCCAGAUCUUCAACUUCCUGCCCUCCGGCUUCAGCAAGCUCAUCCACGACAACACGUACUACUGCACGGCGGAGAACCCCUCAGGGAAAAUCAGGAGCCAAGAUGUUCACAUUAAAGCCGUAUUCCGGGAACCGUAUACGGUGCGCGUGGAGGAUCAGAAAGCCAUGCGCGGCAGCGUAGCGGUCUUCAAGUGCAUUAUCCCCACCUUCGUGGAGGCCUACGUCUCGGUCGUCUCCUGGGAGAAGGACACCAACACCCUCGGCUCAGAUCCCAGAUUCCACAUCACACCCUCGGGAGCCUUGUAUAUCCUGGAUGUGGUGACGGACGAUGGGAACUGGAACUACCGUUGCUUGACGCGGCAUCGCUACACCGGCGAGACCCGCCAGAGUAACAGCGCACGCCUCACAGUAACAGAACCCAUCAACUCAGAGCCCACAAUCCUGGAUGGCUUCGACCGGCGGGACGUCAUGGUGUCCCACCGGGCGGAGCUGCCCUGCAAGGCCAUGGGGUACCCGGCUCCCAAGUACCGCUGGCUGAAGGACAACAGCCCCCUGGAGCGGGACAGCCGGUUCCGUCAGCUCAGCACGGGCCUUCUGAUCGAGAACGUGAGGCCCAGCGAUGGCGGCAGCUACGUGUGCGAAGUGUGGAACUCCCUGGGCAACGCCGCCAUGGUGGGCCAGCUGCAGGUCAAGCAGCCCCUAAAGGUGGUAGUGAGCCCCCACACUCUGAAGAGCAGCGUGGGGAGCCAGGUGUCCCUCUCCUGCAUGGUCACCGGCUCCGACAAAUACGAGCUGUCCUGGUACCGCAACGGGGAGAUGAUCUACCGCGAGAAAGGUGCCAACCAAGAGACGCUGGUGAUGGACGGCAUGGUGAAGAGUGACGGAGGGGUGUACCAGUGCUUCGCCAGGAGGGGCAAGAUGUCCGCCCAGGACUUUGCACAGGUCAUCUUGGAAGACGGCACACCAAAGAUCCUGUCGGCGUUCAGCGAGCGGAUGGUGAACCUGAACGAGCCCGUGUCGCUGGUGUGCAACGUGAAGGGGACUCCGCGGCCGGCCGUCACCUGGACGUUGGACGAGGAGCACAUCACGGACCUGGGACACUACCGCAUGGGCCAGAUGGUGACGCCGGAGGGCCACGUCCUGAGCUACCUGAACGUCUCCCACGCCAAGGUCAACGACAGCGGCAUCUACCGAUGCUCCUGCAACAAUUCGGCCGGCGUAGUCUCCUACCAGGCUCGAAUAAACGUAAGAGGGCCCGCCAACAUCAGGGACAUGAAGAACCUGACCGCCAUAGCUGGGCGGGACGCCUACAUCCACUGUCGGGUGGUGGGCUACCCCUACUACUCCAUCAAGUGGUUCAAGAACUCCGACCUUCUGCCGUUCAACCACCGGCAGCGCGCCUUCGAGAACAACGGCACGCUCAAGCUCUCCAACGUGCAGAAGAGCGCAGACGAGGGCGAGUACACCUGUCGCGUACAGGUGCACCCGGACCUCGAGAUCAGCAAGAGCCUACACGUCACAGUCAAAGAGCCCCCCCACAUCCAGCCGUUUGAGGUGCAGGGCUACUCCAUCGGGCAGCGCGUGCUGAUCCCUUGCGUGGUCAUCUCGGGCGACUACCCCAUCUACUUCACCUGGCAGAAGGACAGCAGGCCCAUCCCGGCCAACCUGAGCGUCACCAUCGACAACAACGAGUUCUCCAGCCUGCUCCGCAUCGCCAACCUGUCGUCCGUCCACAACGGGAACUACACCUGCAUCGCCCACAACGAGGCCGCCGCCGUCGAGCACCAGAGCCAGCUCAUCGUCAAAGUUCCCCCGUCCUUCGUGGUGCAGCCCAUGGACCAGGACGGGAUCUAUGGGAAGGCUGUGGUGCUCAAGUGCUCUGCAAGAGGAAACCCACGACCCACCAUAGUCUGGAAGCACUCGCGAGGUAAAGGUGUUCCCCAGUUCCAGCCCAUCCUGCUGAACUCGGGUUCCCGCAUCCAGCUGCUGGAGAACGGUUCUCUGCUCAUCAAGCACGUUCUGCAGGAGGACAGCGGCUACUACCUGUGUAAGGUCAGCAAUGACGUGGGAACCGACAUCAGCAAGUCCAUGUACUUCACCGUCAAAAUCCCUGCGAUGAUCACGUCGUACCCCAACACCACGCUGGCCACCAAGGGCAAGAAGAAGGAGAUGAGCUGCACAGCUAAGGGGGAGAAGCCCAUCAUGAUCCGCUGGGAGAAGGAGAAGGAGAUCAUCAACCCCGAGAUGAGUCGCUACGUCAUGACGGUGCGCGAGGUCGGAGACGAGGUCAACUCAACUCUACAGAUCCUGAGUCCAGUGCGCGGUGAUUCCGGAUUCUUCUCCUGCCACGCCAUCAACUCCUACGGCGAGGACAAAGGCAUCAUCCAGCUGACCGUGGAAGAGCCUCCGGACAGCCCCCUGGUGGAGAUCCGAGACGUGCAGGAUCGCAUCAUCACCCUGCACUGGAACAUGGUGUUCGACGGAAACAGCCCCAUCACAGGAUAUGACAUCGAGUACAAGAACAAAACAGCUCCCUGGAGCUCGGCCAUCACCACCAAGAACAUCUCGCCGUCCCUGUACCAGGCCACCAUCAUCGACCUGCACCCCUCGUCCACCUACAACAUCCGCAUGAUCGCCAAGAACCGCAUCAACAGCAGUGCGCCCAGCAACGAGCUCACCAUCACCACCGACGAAGCCAGUCCCGACGGCCCCCCACAGGAGGUGCAGCUGGAGGCCCUGUCAUCCCAGAGCGUCAAGGUCACCUGGAAGCCUCCUCAGCGGCACCUGCAGAACGGCGUGAUCCGCACCUACCACGUCAGCUACCGCGAGUACACCAAAGAGCAGAACCGCCAGCUGACACGCAUCACCGUGGACGCCACCGGCGACCAGGAGACCGUCACCCUGGACAACCUGCGCAAGUUCACGCUCUACGAGGUCAUCGUCAACGCCGAGAACCGAGCCGGCAUGGGGCCCGCCUCUCAAGAGGCCAUCAUGCGCACCCUGGAGGAUGUUCCCAGCCAAGCCCCUGGUAACGUUGUGGCCACCCCCAGUUCCCCAGAGGCCAUCUUUGUCUACUGGUCCCCUCUGCCCAACGACACACUCAACGGGGUCCUCCUGGGAUACCGCGUCAUCUUCUGGGCCAACCUGGCAGACGGAGAGCUGGGUGAGAUCCGUAACAUCACCACGCUGCAGCCGCGUCUGGAGCUGGACGGCCUGGAGAAGUUCACCAACUACAGCAUCCAGGUGCUGGCCUCCACGCAGGCCGGGGACGGCGUCCGCAGCGGACAGAUCUUCGCCCGCACCAAAGAAGACGUGCCUGGCCCUCCGGCGGGUGUGAAGGCAGCAGCUGCCAGCAGCACAGAGGUGUUUGUGUCCUGGCUGCCCCCUCUCAAACUCAACGGCAUCAUCAAGAAAUACAAGAUCUACUGCUCCUUCAACUACCCCACGGUAAACAACGACAAUGACGCCCCGCCCGAUAAGUACUUCUACCACAUCCACGGCCUGCGUCUCAACCAGCGCUACAGCAUCUGGGUGGUCGCCGUGACGGCAGCUGGCCCUGGCAACGCCAGCGAGAUCAUCACCGUGGAGCCACUGGAGAAAGCCCCUGCCAGGAUUCUCACGUUCAGUGGUACGGUCACCACCCCCUGGAUGAGGGACAUCGUUCUACCCUGCAGAGCUGUGGGUGACCCCGCCCCCACCAUCAAAUGGCUGAAGGAAACCAACGGAACACCAGCCCCGGUCCAGAUCGACGGCCGCCGCAGUGUCCAUAGCAACGGUAGCUUCAUCAUCCGCACGGUGAAAGCAGAGGAUUCUGGGUACUACAGCUGCGUGGCCAGCAACAGCUGGGGCUAUGAUGACAUCAGACUUAACCUCCAGGUUCAAGUACCACCUGACCAGCCGCGGCUCACCGUCACCAAGACGACCACCACCACCAUCACGCUGUCCUGGAUCCCAGGGGACAACGGAGGCAGCUCCAUCAGAGGCUACAUCCUGCAGUACUCAGAGGACAACAGUGAGAAGUGGGGGAGCUUCCCCAUCAGCCCCAGCGAGCGCUCGUACCGUCUGGAGAACCUCAAGUGUGGAACGUGGUACAAGUUCACCCUCACCGCGCAGAACGCCGUCGGACCCGGGCGCAUCAGCGAGAUCAUCGAGGCCAAGACGCACGGCAAAGAGCCCCAGUUUGUGAAGGAGCACGAGCUGUUUGCCAGCAUCAACUCCACGCGUGUGCAGCUCAACCUGAACGGCUGGAACAACGGCGGCUGCCCCAUCACGUCCUUCAUCGUGGAGUACCGUCCGGUGGAGAGCAACGCGUGGACGCGGGCGCAGCGCAGCUCGCUGACCAAGACCUACAUCCUGUACGACCUGCAGGAGGCCACGUGGUACGAGCUGCAGAUGAAGGUGACCAACAGCGCCGGCUCCGCCGAGAAGCGCAUCAACUUCGCCACGCCCAACGUCGACGGAAGCACCAUCGCCCCGCUGCUGAACACGGUGGUGGAGAGCAGGGAGAAUCUGCCCGGCAACCAGGGCCUGAAGAUGGUGGUGCCCAUCAUCUGCAUCCUGGUGGCCAUCGGCAUGGUGUUCAUCCUGCUACUGGUGCUGCGGCGGAGGAGGAGGGAGCAGAGGCUCAAGAGACUACGGGAUGCCAAAAGCCUGGCGGAGAUGUUGAUGAGUAAGAACACUCGGACGCCGGACACGGUCAACAAGCAGCAGCAGACGCUGCGGAUGCACAUCGACAUCCCGCGGGCGCAGCUGCUCAUCGAGGAGCGCGACACCAUGGAGACAAUCGAUGACAGGUCCACUGUGUUGCUGACUGAUAAUGACUUUGGGGAGACGUCCAAGCAGAAGUCCUCCACGGUCACGCACACAGUCCACUACCAGUCCCUGUCCCAGAGCACCGGCCCACUCGUGGACGUGUCUGACGCCCGACCUGGAACAAACCCCACUGCCCGCCGCACAGCCAAAGCCGGCCCUGCCACCCGCAGUCGCUACGCCAGCCAGUGGACGCUGAACCGCCCGCACCCGCCCAUCUCCUCGCACACGCUCACCACCGACUGGAGGCUGCCCACGCCGCGGGCCACCGGCUCCGUGGACAAGGAGAGCGACAGCUACAGCGUCAGCCCCUCACAGGACACAGACCGGGCCCGGAGCAGCAUGGUGUCGACGGAGAGCGCCUCGUCCACCUACGAGGAGCUGGCGCGGGCCUACGAGCACGCCAAGAUGGAGGAGCAGCUGCGCCACGCCAAGUUCACCAUCACCGAGUGCUUCAUCUCGGACACGUCGUCGGAGCAGAUGACGGCGGGCACCAACGACUACACGGACAGCCUCACGUCCAGCACGCCCUCCGAGUCGGGCAUCUGCCGCUUCACCGCCUCGCCGCCCAAGCCUCAGGACGCCAGCCGGGUCAUGAACAUGGCCGUGCCCAAAGCCCACAGACCUGGUGGUGAGCUGGUGCACCUGCCCCCGUACCUGCGUAUGGACUUCCUGCUGAACCGCGGCGUGGCGGGGGGUGGGGCGGCGGCGGCCACGGGCCAGACCUGCCUGGAGCCGCAGAAGAGCCGCACGCUCAAGCGGCCGGCGCUCACCGUGGCGCCCACCCCCAGCGACUCCACGCCCGUCUCCAUGUCCUCCGGGCCGCCCAGCCGCGAAGUGCAGCAGUGGCAGCCCGGCACAGCCUCCACGCUGCCCCAGCGGGAGCCGGGGGACCUUGCCCAGGCUCAGGCCGCCAAACUCAGCAGCUCCCAGGAGUCCCUGCUGGACUCCAGAGGACACCUCAAACAGAGCAACAACCCUUACGCAAAGUCCUACACCCUGGUAUAACACAGGGG